AUGGCUGCUCCCAACGGAACCACCGGCAAUGACUUCACUGUCAAGGCCGGUCUUGCCCAGAUGCUGAAGGGUGGCGUUAUUAUGGACGUCGUGAAUGCCGAGCAAGCCCGCAUUGCCGAAGAAGCCGGUGCCGCCGCCGUCAUGGCCCUCGAGCGUGUCCCCGCUGAUAUCCGUGUUGAGGGUGGCGUCGCGCGCAUGUCCGACCCCGGCAUGAUCAAGGAGAUCAUGGAAGCCGUGACCAUUCCCGUCAUGGCCAAGGCCCGUAUCGGACACUUCGUUGAAUGCCAGAUCCUGGAAGCCAUUGGCGUUGACUACAUCGACGAAUCCGAGGUCCUUACCCCCGCCGACGAUGUCUACCACGUCACCAAGCACGGCUACAAAGUCCCCUUCGUCUGCGGUUGCCGCAACCUCGGCGAGGCUCUGCGCCGCAUCUCCGAGGGCGCCGCUAUGAUCCGCACUAAGGGCGAGGCUGGCACCGGCGAUGUCGUCGAGGCUGUUAAGCACAUGCGCACUGUCAAUGCGGAGAUCAGCCGUGCCCGCGGUAUCCUCCUUGCUAGCCAGGACGCCGAGCCUGAGCUCCGCGCCUUCGCCCGUGAGAUUGAGGCCCCUUACGAGCUUGUGCGCCAGGCUGCUGAGCUCGGCCGUCUGCCCGUUGUUAACUUCGCCGCUGGUGGCGUUGCCACCCCUGCCGAUGCGGCGCUUAUGAUGCAGCUGGGCUGCGAUGGUGUCUUUGUUGGCUCUGGUAUCUUUAAGUCUGGUGAUGCUAAGAAGCGUGCCCGCGCUAUUGUCCAGGCUGUUACUCACUUCAAGGACCCCAAGAUGCUUGCUGAGGUCAGCCAGGGUCUUGGUGAGGCUAUGGUUGGUAUCAAUGUGAAGCACUUGCCCGAGGCUGAUAAGUUGGCUGGCCGUGGUUGGUAG